AUGAUUCUACAGCAACAACAUCGUCGUGGUCAAGGUUAUCAACAUGGACAUGGUGUCAAGAACGGAGGACUCGAAGCAGAUGUCGAGAAGACUGCUGCAGAGCAUACUCCUAGCGAAACCACAUCGCCACAGGACUUCGAAGAGCCCAGGCAAAGCACCUUCAAAACCUACAUGGAACGCAUCGAACGCACGCUAGUCCACUACAACAUCGAAGCCCGCGGAAUCCAACGAGUUCGACCGGAAGACCGCCACUCCAUGAACAAGCUCGGCUUCAUCCAAGUCUUCCUCCUCUGGUUCAGCAUCAACCUCGAAGCCGUAGUCAUCACUCUCGGCUUCCUAGGCCCCAUCGUCUACCACCUUCCCUUCACAGACUGUGCACUGCUCGGAGUGUUUGGUUCCAUGACGGGAGCAUUGCCGACAGCCUACAUCGCCACAUUCGGCCCCAGAUCAGGGAACAGGACUAUGAUCUUCACGAGAUAUAUCACGGGGUGGUAUCCUACGAAACUGAUGGUGGUGUUGACUUUGAUCAUAUUCAUGGGCUACAUUCUCAUCGAUGCGGUGGUCGGCGGCCAGAUUCUGAGCGCAGUCAGCACGAACGGGAGCUUGAGUGUCAUCGUUGGCAUUGUCAUUGUGUGCGCCAUAACUUGGAUCGUCUCGACAUUCGGGUAUAGUGUCUUCCACAUGUACGAACGGUACGCCUGGCUACCUCAACUGAUCGUCACAUCGCUCCUCGCUGGAACAGCAGCGACCAACUUCGACCUUUACGGCAAUCCAUCAGCCGGCGAAGCACCAAAUGUCAUCGCGGGCAACAGAUUGAGCUUCUUCAGCUUAUGCCUUGCCGCACAAAUCACCUAUGCAGGCGCCGCUGCGGACUUUUUCGUUUACUACCCCGAAAAUACCUCGCGGACCAAGAUCUUCAUCGCGACUCUCGCUGGUCUGACUUUCUCGUCUGCUUUCGCUCUCAUCGUUGGUGUCGGACUCGGAUCUGGCACGGCGACGAAUCCAGAUUGGAUGGCAGCCUACAAUGUCUCGCAAGGCGCUUUGAUCGUCGAGGCCUUCGAGCCAUUGGGCAGCUUUGGUUCAUUCUGCAGCGUCAUCGUCUCGCUGAGUUUGAUCGGGAAUAUGGUACCACCAUGCUAUGCCUCCGGCAUUGACUUCCAAGCUCUUGGUCGAUACUGGGAAAGAGUCCCUCGUGUGGUCUGGAAUACAGUAGCUUUGGUCAUCCCCAUGGUCUGCGCGAUCGCCGGUCGCGCUCAUCUCGCGGAGAUCUUCACGAACUUCCUGGCCCUCAUGGGCUACUGGGUCAGUAUCUGGAUCGCUGUCGUUCUGGAGGAGCAUUUGAUCUUCAGGAAGUGGAUGGGACGAGGAUGGGAUUGGGACGUCUGGAAUGACCGAAGCAGACUGCCUGUAGGUAUUGCUGCCCUGGUAGCGUUUCUGGUGGGAUGGGUUGGCUCUAUCUUGUGCAUGGCGCAGGUUUGGUAUGUUGGUCCUUUGGCGAAGUUGAUUUCCGAGUAUGGUGGAGAUAUGGGCAACUAUGUGGGAUUUGCAUGGGCUGCUCUGGUCUAUCCGCCUUUGCGCUGGUGGGAGUUGCGUCGAUUCGGAAGGUAG